UUCGGCCGAUUGUUGGAGCGAUGUUUUUGUUUUGAAGUAAACGCGUGUGCUUGAAUUCAGAGUCGGCUGAUUCGGUGCAAGUUUUGGUUCUAAGCUCGGUACCCGACAUCUUAUUGCGUGAGACCGUUGUCUUUGUGAGGCGUUCCGUAUCAGUUUCGAAAAUUGCACCGUGCUUGGUAAAUUUUGAAGGCGGCUGAAGGUUGUGUUGAAUGUGUCUGGAAGAGUGGGGAUUGGUGGGCCGAUUGUCUGCUGCCGGCCGCCGUACUGGUACCGGGACCGACCCCCUGACUCGGACUCGGCGUGAGGCGGCCGGGACCACCUGGACUCGACUGUAGGUAGGCAGCCGCCGGGCAUCCAGAGCGGAGAUGUCGGAUUCUGAUUCGGAGAAUUACUCGUCGGAGGAGGACGCGGACUACGAGCCUUCAGAUGAAGAUUACAGUGAAGAUGAUGUCAGUGAACUGGUAAAAGAAAAUCUUGAGGGUGAUGAUGAACAACCGCAGAAAAAGAAAUCAGCAAAAAAACCAGGGAAACGAAUCUCCACCAGAAACAGAAACACGCGAUCUUCAGAAUGUGGUGACGAGGGCAAGGGAGAGUGUGAGCAGGAUGUUGAUCCCGAGGAAUGUGCAAAGAUGGAAAAGAAGAAGGCCGAUGAUCUCUGGGCCAGCUUCCUGAGUGAUGUUGGGCAAAAGGCAAAACCAAAAGCAACUAUUCCAGCUUCCACCAAAGAGGAAACAUCAGUUGAAGAGAAGUCAAACAAGCAUCGGGAUUUAGUGAAAGACACAGAGAAACUAAAAUCACCUGGAAAGGUCACAAUCACAAAGGUGUUUGAUUUUGCUGGUGAAGAGGUGAAGAUAACUAAAGAAGUGGAUGCUGCUUCCAAAGAAGCAAAAAACUUUUUGCAAAAGCAGAAUAAUGUGGAGGAGAAAUGUUCUUCUACUACACCAGUGUCCGUGGCAACUGGAGCCCCUACAGGUUCAGGAACUAAAAGACAAAGUGGGUUAAGUAAUAUUCUGGGAAAGAUUGGAGGAAAGAAGCAAAAGUUGAGCACUUUGGAGAAAUCAAAGAUUGACUGGGAAGCAUUCAAAGAAACGGAGGGGAUUGGAGAUGAGCUUGCAAUCCACAACCGAGGAAAGGAAGGGUACAUUGAACGGAAAGCUUUCUUGGAUAGAGUUGAUCACCGGCAGUUUGAGCUGGAACGUGACAUCCGGCUCAGCAACAUGAAGCCAUAACUUUAAUCUUGCAGCCAAAAGUCAUUUGCUUAAUGUAAAUCUGCAUCCAAAAUACUCAUCAUCAAUUCUGAGUACAGCAGCAGCCAGUGAUACGUGGCUGCCCCUCAAGAACUGUAAGCAAUGUCUGGCCUCUACUUUCCUGUGAAUUCCAUUGUAGUUUUUUAUUGUCAACUUUCUAUUGAAGAUAAAUGUUUUUUUAAAUAAUGAUUGGUAGUUGGCUAAUAGUAUCAAAAUGUCUUAUUUAAUCUGGUUCAAUGAGGUGACAAAAAUCAUUGCAUGUUUUAGAACUUCCUGCUUGACUGGACUUGCAUUGAUGUUAUUUGGUGACACCACUCUUGUUCAACAGGAUAAAGUAAUUAUUUGUACUUCAGGUUGUUUCUAUUUGUUUUUGAUAGCUGCAGUCUUAAUCAUGAAUGUUGCUGAUGUGUUUACACAAUUAAAAUGAAAAUUAAUAUCACCACGAGUUAUUAUCUUCCCUAGCUCUAUUGAAAAUUGGUAAUGGUCGAUUUUAAUUUCAUACCAUACUCAACAUUUGUGUCCUUUAAAAUACCAAUUGAACUUCUAGAUGAGAAAUUGAAAAUAAGAGUGUAAAACUAAAGUCUAUUUUUUGGUCUGGUUUGUGUUUUUUUAAAGAUUACUAAUUGAACUGGUGGUAAACAAUUCCAUGCCUCACACUUUUAAUUAGUUUGUGGUUGUUUAAUAAUAUCAAGAGAUACUUGUUCAUUGAGUUGACACUAGGGCCUUUCCUAGUGGGUAUUGAAAAUGUGCUGGAAUAGAUCAGCCUGAAUUAUGGGCAAUAUUAAGCAGUUUUCAUUGGCUGAAAUAGCUGCAGUUGCAAAGGACACCAGGCCCCAUCAGCAAUUUAAACUCCUGACAAUUGCUUGAUUAAAGUUCCAACAUGAGUAAUAGGUGUAUUUAAAGGGCAUCUUGACAAGUUAAAGAGGGAGAAAAUAGAUGAAGAAAUUGUCAACAGGAGUGAGCUUGAAUUAGCUGGUCCAAUUGGUCUCUUUGUGCUGGAAAAUUUACCAAAGAUUCUUUUGAAGAUGUUGUUCCUUUCCACGCCUUGUACUGCAUCAGGUAGCAACCUUGCUGUUUCUUUAGCAAUUGUCUGUUUUUUACAAGGUGUGGUUGCUAGCUCAAUACUGAGCCCAGCACAGAUGGAAAGCAUACUAGGAGCCAGCUGGAUUUGAACCUGGGACCCCUUGCCUCGAAGUCCAGUGCAGAUGCCACUACACCACCAGCCAGCAACUCUUUUGAAUAACCUGAGAGUUAACCCAGUUAGUUAUCAUGGAUAUAGGACAUAAGAUGCAAGAAUGUGACUACCCCUGAGAUUCCCUCUGUGGGAACUGCUCUGCCUGAAACAAGGGAUUAUUCAGAGGGAAGAUGCAUUCCAGAGAGCAGUUCAGGAUUUAGAAACAGAAAUAAAGCUGAUGUUUCAAGUUCAAGUCCCUUUGUCAGAGCAGAGCAGAAAUUCAAAAUUGGCAUUCUAGAAAGAGAAGUGACAGUGAGUUUAAUAGGAAAGUAAAAUCAGAAACAUACAGAUGCUGGAAACACAGAAAAUAAGGAAGCAUCUGUGGAAAGACAAGCAAGUGCAGUUUCAGGUUAAAGGCACUUCAGCAGAGUUGUUGCUAUCAUAAUAUCUUGACUUUAGUACUGUCUUAAGUGACAUGUUUGUUUUGAGUCAGCUGGUUGUGGUUUCAAGCCACACCUGAUCACCUAGCCCAGCUUGACAAUGCAGCAUCAGAGACAUUCAUCAUUAGAGACAUUUCCCCUUGGAUGAAGUUUCAGAUUAAUGCACUUUCCAUCUACUCUGACCCGAAUAGAUUUCUUUAACUAGGCUGAAGACAUGAUUCAGGGAGAAGACCAGCCGUCUCAUCAGCCGCAGUAAACGUGGAUUGUCGGUAUGAUACAAAAUGCAAGAAAGAGAUUAAAAGUACAUACUGGUGAAGCAAUGCUUAUAUCUCAUGUUUAAUCAAAGCUCCCCCCUGCCUUCUCCCCAUGUAUUGAGUUUCUCACUCAUGUCCUUAGGAGAGAAAAGUACAUGCUUUCCCAAGGCUUUGGUUAGUCACUAUUAACCAAAAUCUUAAGGGGAACAAACAAAUAUAAACUGGCAGCAAGAACACGUCAGAGAUUGGAUUUCUAUGACAAAUUUUAUUUUUAUAUCUAAGAAGGACAUCGAAAUUGUC